AUGAAUAAAAAGUUGCUCAAAGCAUCUACCACGGCUGCCAUCAACAAGGCAUCCACCUCUAAUCCGCUUAAGGACCAUGUUGCGCCUGUGAAGGAAGUGAAGAAAUCUGAGGUAGCGCCACAGAUGAGCGUCACAGAACUUUCUUCACUUCUGUCCUUGGAUGAAGCGGAGGAAGUCUCUUCACAUCCGAUUUUGAAAUUUGUCGACUUUUCCGUACCUCUAGAGAAGCUGAUUUUCAUCUUCGUUUCAUCUCCGCGCUUCGCCUCUGUCACAAGUUUUCCCAUGGAUGUGCCUUUCAUUCGUGCUAAUCUUGCAACGUUGACUGGACCGGCAGUGCUUGAAGCGGCACGUCUUCUCGCAGACAGCGAACUUGCGUCAUCGAUGUGCGUUACGCCUGAGUCGGAACGUGAAAACCUGCAAAGGACAUCGUCGCUCUUUGUCGGGAUCUACCGCGAAAGAUUUAAAUCCACUCGACUGCCUCCAUCGAUGGCCGUUGCAAUCAAUAUACUUCUUGGAUGCGUCAUUGAUCCAACUCGAACGGUAGCUGAGAUCUCUGUCAAUGAUAUGAAGCAAAUGAUAUUCCGAGCGGAAGUCCAUCAUAACGUGGCGUGCACUGCCCUUGACAUUGAUCAGUGGGAUAAGUUCAAGUCUAUUAUGAAUUCAUGUCCACUAUCACCUCACUACUCGCCUAUACUUGUAUUUCACAUAACAAGCUUUAUUCUAAGGAAU